AUGAUCGCUGAAAAGUCCCUCCCGACCUUUGUCGACUCCCAGACAAAGCUGCCCAUGACGCCGCCAGAGUAUGACCACAUUGGUAUCCGGCGCGGUGGAACUUCCCACCCUUGGGGAAUGGCUUCGAAUGCUUUGGCCUCGAUCCUGCGUGCCCGGGCCAAAAAGGCCGAGGUCAACGUCUCUCUCAAUGGCCACUUUAACUCCAAGGUCUACACCACCGACUCUGAGGUCUCUGGAAACGUCACCAUCUCGCCCUCGAGGAACAUGCAAUUCGACAGAGUCGAUAUCUCUCUCGUUGGAUCAGGAGAGACUCGCCGCGAUGGUCCCGAUAUCACACACCUGACGACUCAUCGGUUCCUCCGGUUGGAGAUGCCCAUUGAUGACGACGAGUACCCAGCGAACCACGUCUUUGAGGCUGGCAAGGGUUACACUUUUGCCUUCAACUUUAACAUUCCCGCCCAUCUCACUUCGCAGGCCUGCAUCCACAAGGUCGAGUCGGAUCAUGUCUGGGAGAAGCACAUGUGUUUGCCCCCGACUGUUGGAGGCUGGGAGAAGGACGAUCUUGCUCCGGAUAUGGCGCGCAUCAGCUACAGCAUCAGGGCUUGUGUUCUGAAAAACUCCAAGCAGGGUCCUGUGGUUAUUUCUGAGAGCUCGCAUCCCAUCAAUGUGAUGCCUUCGACUUUUGAGGAGCCACCCCUGAGCAUCACCAAGAGCGACAACUUGUAUGCUCUCGAGCGAACAAAGAAUGUCCGCAAGAACAUGUUUUCAGCUGUCCAAGGACGCAUCUCAGCUGUGGCUGCUGAGCCUGCCGCCAUCCACCUCAGCAAGGAAGGUCACGAAGCCAGCCCAUCUACGAUUCCUGUCAGCCUCACAUUCGAACCAUCUGCAGCCGAUGUCAUUCCCCCGCAGUUCACUUCAGCCUCUAUCAAGAUCCAGGCGCACACCUGGUUCCGCGAUCAACCGAUGACUCGUCUACCAAACCUAGGCGGACAGACCGACAACUUUGCAUAUCCCGCAUCUGUAUCUCUGCGAAAGACAAACACAAGCAUGGAGUGGACGCAGAAUGUCGACAUGGAGCAGUCUGAUAAGGGGUCGCCAGUCUUUCACACUGCAACCAUUCAGGUUCCAUUCAAGCUGCCAACAGCGGACAAGAUGUUUAUCCCUACGUUUCACUCGUGCAUCAUCGCCAGAGUUUACACGGCUCGACUGGUUCUGGAGGGCGACACCAAGGUGGAACUGACGGUUCCGGUGCAGGUGGUCAUGGACUGA